AGUGAAUCCCAGGAUGCUGGCUGGGUGGGCCACACUGCCGUUAGUUCCACGUGGACACAGUAACGUGGUGUCAUGUAGAUCUUUAACCAUAAAACCGGUGGUUGCAGGGGUCUCGAUGACUUAGGUGGGCAGGGCUUGUGAGGUCACGCUGUCAGCUUGGACGCAGGUGGAGCGUGUUUGGCAGGGCCUGCAGCUACAGAUAUGAAGUCAAUUUCCAAGAUGGUAUUGACUGUGGAGGUGCAUACAUUAAACUGCUAGCAGACACUGAUGAUUUGAUUCUGGAAAACUUUUAUGAUAAAACAUCCUAUACCAUCAUGUUUGGACCAGAUAAAUGUGGAGAAGAUUAUAAACUUCAUCUUAUCUUCAGACACAAACAUCCCAAAACUGGAGCUUUUGAAGAAAAGCAUGCCAAACCUCCAGAUGUUGAUCUGAAAGAGUUCUUCACAGACAGGAAGACUCACCUCUAUACCCUUGUGAUGAAUCCGGAUGAUACAUUUGAAAUCUUCAUUGAUCAGAAAGUUGUGAACCAAGGGAGCUUGCUAGAGGAUGUGGUCCCACCCAUCAACCCACCCAGAGAAAUUGACGAUCCCAACGAUAAGAAACCAGAUGAGUGGGAUGACAGAGCCAAAAUCCCCGACCCCAGCGCAGUCAAGCCGGAGGACUGGGAUGAAAAUGAACCUGCCCAAAUAGAAGACUCAAGUGCUGUUAAACCUGAUGGCUGGCUUGAUGAUGAACCAAAGUUUAUCCCCAAUCCUAGUGCCAAGAAGCCUGAUGAUUGGAGUGAUGACAUGGAUGGAGAAUGGGAGGCACCACAUAUGCCCAAUCCAGCCUGUCAGAUUGGAUGUGGCGAGUGGAAACCUCCUAUGAUAGAUAACCCAAAAUACAAAGGAGUCUGGAAACCGCCAAUGAUCAAUAAUCCUAGCUACCAGGGAAUCUGGAGUCCUCAGAAGAUCCCUAACCCCGAUUAUUUUGAGGAUGACCACCCAUUCCUUCUGACUUCUUUCAGUGCUCUGGGCUUAGAGCUUUGGUCCAUGACUCCCAACAUCUACUUUGAUAAUUUUAUCAUCUGUUCAGAAAAGGAGGUGGCAGACCGCUGGGCCGAAGACGGCUGGGAACCGAAGAUAAUGGUGGCGAAUGCUAACGAGCCCGGUAUGCUCAAACAGCUAACCACAGCAGCAGAGGAGCACCCGUGGCUCUGGCUCAUGUACCUUGUGAUGGCUGGGUUGCCCAUAGCAUUAGUUACUUCGUUUUUUUGGCCAAGAAAAGUAAAGAAAAAAUAUGAAGACACGGGUCCUAAGACAACUGACAUAUGUAAACCACAGACCAAGGCAGCUCUGGAACAAGGGGCAGAGGAGGAGAAGGCCCCAGAGAAGCCAGAAGAUUUGGAAGAGGAAAAGCAGCCCAGUGACGGUGACAUGGUCAUUGUUGAAAAGGAGAAAGUUGGUGAACCGGAAGAGAAGAGAGAAGAACAGGAAACCAUAGAAGGGCAGGAGGAAAUGAACAAACUGAAUAAAUCUGGAUCAGAGGACGAGAUGAAAGAAGCCGACGAGAGCACAGGGUCUGGGGACGCACCAGUGAAGUCAUUACGCAAGAGGAGGGUACGGAAGGACUGAUGUGUGUCAAGUGUUUCAAAUCCCCGAGACAGAGCUGGCAUUCUGCAGUUAGCGUGCCCAAAAGGACAGUGAAUCCACCUGCACAAACUCUUUCUAAAUAUCUAGCAAUGUUACUUUUUCAGAUACUUCUUUCUUUCUUUCUUUUUGUGGGGGGAAAGUAACUUUGAAGUUAACUGGUCUUUGAAUUUAGAAUAAAAGAAAAGUGGCACAUUA